AUGGCGACUCCAGGCUCCGUGACUCUGGAGGCCCCCUUUGAAUCAUUGAAGCUUUCCGUCAUUGAGGGGUAGCCCACUGUUUACAGCAAUCCAGAGGGUUUCAAGGAAAAGUUCCUUCGCAAGACGCGCGAGAACACGGUGGUACCCAUAGGUUGCCUGAGCAUGGCGGCCGCGCUCACCAAAAGCCUCUACUGCUUCCACCAGGGCAACAGCCAGUGCUCACAGCUCAAGAUGCUCGCCCGGAUCGCCGCCCAGGGCUUCACCGUCGCAGCCAUCUUGCUGGGUCUGGCUGCCACCACUAUGAAGUCUCAACCCUGAGCCCAGGGUCUUGAAACCUCUGCAGAAAUCAUUCCAAAAUCCAGGAGCAACCACUGGCCCUACCAUGGGACUUACUCCCUCCUCUCCUUUGAGAGGUCCCUGUGUCGUUGGGGGAGGAAGUGACCCUUUGUGUAACC